UCUCUCUGUCUCUCGCUCUCUCUGUCUCUCGCUCUCUUUCCCAGGGACUCCAGUGGACUUCCAGCCUGGUGCUCCUCAGGCCCUGGAGCCUAAACGCCCUCCUCCUCCUCGCCCCAACGCCCCGCCAGCCCGACCUGCUCCUCCUCAACGCCCUCCUCCUCCAUCAGGUCGCGUCCAAUCAGGUCCUGGAGGCCUGCCCAGACCGAACAUGCCUCAGAGAGCUGGGGUGAUCAGUGUGACCCCCCAGGCGCGCCCUGCCCACCCAGGUGCUCCCAGACCCACCCCAGAGGCACCCGGGGCGCCACGGCCCACCCCAGACACUCACCCUGGAGCCCCCAGACCUGGCCCUGACGCCCAGCCUAAACCCACCGACCUGCCCCUGGGUCACCCUCCUUCUGGACCCCCUCCAGUGAGACAUGUCCCCUCCCCGAUGCAGCCACCCAUGCAGCCAACCAUGCAGCCCCAGUCUGCCCCUCCAGCCCAGCCAACCAUGCAGCCAACCAUGCAGCCAACCAUGCAGCCCCAGUCUGCCCCUCCAGCCCAGCCAACCAUGCAGCCAACCAUGCAGCCAACCAUGCAGCCCCAGUCUGCCCCUCCAGCCCAGCCACCCAUGCAGGCUCCCAUGCAGCCAACCAUGCAGCCCCAGUCUGCCCCUCCAGCCCAGCCAACCAUGCAGCCAACCAUGCAGCCAACCAUGCAGCCCCAGUCUGCCCCUCCAGCCCAGCCACCCAUGCAGCCAACCAUGCAGCCAACCAUGCAGCCCCAGUCUGCCCCUCCAGCCCAGCCACCCAUGCAGGCUCCCAUGCAGCCAACCAUGCAACCAACCAUGCAACCAACCAUGGCUGCCCCAAUGCAGGCUCCCAUGCAGCACCAGUCUGCCCCUCCAGCCCAGCCACCCAUGCAGGCUCCCAUGCAGCCACCCAUGCAGCCCCAGUCUGCCCCUCUAGCCCAGCCACCCAUGCAGGCCCCUCUGCUGCCCCAAAUGGCUGCUCCAAUGCUGCCCACACAGGCCGGAGCAGGGCUAGGGGCUACCGGAGCUGUGGCCCCCCAGGGGCUGUCCUCCCCCAAGCCCCCUCCCCGCUCCCGUUCCUCUCAUGUCCUGCCCCCUGAGACCACCACUACAGAGAAUGCCCCUGCAACCCAGAUCAAUGGGGUGAAUGGAAUCCAAAGAGAAGCACAAUGGAAACCCGAACCCUUUGACACACUCACCUCUGAUCUCUCCGCCUCUUGGCUCAACACCCAAUCACUGACCAGGAACUCCUCCUUACGCUCCGCUCCUACCCUCCCUACUUCCUCCUUCACUCUCCCUUCAUCCCUCUCCCUCCACUCCACCCCUCUGUCCACCAUGCAGGGCUUCGACGACUCCUCCACCCUCCCCCCUUCCCUCACCCAGUCGCUCCUCCCCCCUCCCCCGGUCCCAUCUCGAAGUAGGUCCCAGGAGGCCCUGCAGCGGGGCUCUCCCAACCCAUUCCUGAGUGAUCCGGUCCCAGCCCGUCCCAACAGCACCAACCCCUUCACUGGUCCUCUGGUGCAGCAGUGCCAGAGGCGCUCCCUGACACCUGACUUCCUUGCCCAGCAGAAGGCCUCCAGGCCUGGCCUCGACAGGACCAUGUCUGCCUUCACCCAGCCCCUCGCCCCUACCCCAGCCUCGCUUCUCGCCCCUACCCCAGCCCCGUUCCCAGCUUUUGCCCCCACCCCGACGCCAGGGGCACCUGCACCCCCCCCAUCGCUCCACCGGACCAUGCCCCUGCUUGGCCCAUCGAUGACCCCCCUCAUCCCUGCUCCAGGGCUCCCUCUCCUGACUGCUCCCUCUCUCCCUGCCCCUAUGCUCCCCCUGUCUCCUCCCUCCUCUCUCCCUGCCCCCCUGUCGUCCCGCCCACAGCCCCCUCCUCCCCCUCGGCCCCAGCUGUGGGUGACCUUCGAUGAUGAUUCACUCCUCCCAGUCCCAGCCAAGGCUCCACCUGCAGCCCCCACUGCUUCCAUUGACCCGCAACCUCUCACUGCCAGAACCCAGUUCUCCUGCUCUGGUUUCGACUCUGACCACACCUGGGCCACCGGCUCCACCACCUUGACCUCCACAUCCUCUCCCGGCCCCUCCGAUCCCAGCCAGGAUGGUCCCAGGCAGCAGCCAGCCCCCGCUCCCAGCCCAGAGCACAGACAACCUCUCCUUCCCACAAGGACUUCACUGAGAAGAUAG